UUCCCCUGCGGAGAGCGCCGGCGCCGGGGACGGUCGGGUCGGGUCGGUGGCGGCGAGGAGCGGCGAGGCGGGACGAUGAGCGACAGCGGGGAGCAGAACUACGGCGAGCGGGAAUCCCGUUCUGCUUCCAGAAGCGGAAGUGCUCAUGGGUCUGGCAAGUCGGGGAGGCACACCCCUGCAAGAUCUCGGUCUAAGGAGGAUUCCAGGCGUUCCAGGUCAAAAUCUAGAUCCAGGUCUGAAUCCAGAUCUAGAUCAAGGAGGAGUUCCCGCAGACACUACACAAGGUCUCGCUCUCGUUCCCGCUCUCACAGGAGGUCCAGAAGCAGGUCCUACAGCCGGGACUAUCGGCGGCGCCACAGCCACAGCCACUCACCCAUGUCUACCCGCAGGCGGCACAUCGGCAACAGGGCAAAUCCUGACCCGAAUUGUUGUCUUGGUGUGUUUGGCUUGAGUCUGUACACCACAGAGAGGGAUCUGAGAGAAGUUUUCUCCAAGUAUGGUCCGAUUGCCGACGUCUCCAUCGUGUACGAUCAGCAGUCGCGGCGGUCCAGAGGAUUUGCCUUUGUGUACUUCGAAAACGUUGAGGAUGCCAAGGAAGCAAAGGAACGUGCCAAUGGGAUGGAGCUGGAUGGAAGGAGGAUCCGGGUAGACUUCUCCAUCACAAAGAGACCCCACACACCUACCCCUGGAAUCUAUAUGGGAAGACCCACAUAUGGCAGCUCACGACGACGAGAUUACUACGACAGAGGCUAUGACAGAGGGUACGAUGACCGUGACUAUUACAGCAGAUCAUACAGAGGAGGCGGCGGCGGAGGAGGAGGAGGCUGGAGAGCUGUUCAAGACAGGGACCAGUUCUACAGGAGGAGGUCGCCGUCCCCGUACUACAGCCGAGGGGGCUACAGGUCUCGGUCCAGAUCUCGGUCCUAUUCACCUCGUCGCUAUUAAAGCAUGACCCCCAUAGAGGAACUUGUAGCUCCAGCCUUUGAGUUGAAAUGGCAAGUUUUGUGGACAAUAUUUUUAUUGUCUGUUGUGUUGAAAGCAGUGAACAGUGCCUAGUGAGCAGGUGACUUUGCCACCUUUGCAGAAGACUACUCGUGUGACGUUCAAUGCUGUUUCAUUCUGCAUAUUUGUGUAGUUUGGUGCUUUGUUUCCAGUUGUGUUUGGAGAGGAGUAUGUUUUGCAUGUAUUUUUUUAGCCUCAAAUUUUAACUCCUGAAAGGGUUUCUAUUGUAAAGACAAACUGUUCAGUUAGGGUUUUUUUUUCUACUGAUUCCAAGGCAUCCUGAAGAUCAAAACCUGUGUAAAAUGCUUUCAAAAAGUGGGAGGGGGAGGAAAAAAAAGAGAUCAAUAAAAAGAAGUUUGUUUUUUCUUUUCCUACUUUG